AUGUCAAAGAAUCAACAAUCAGAGACUUUCUAUAAUGAGUUUGUGUGCCUCGUGAACAUCCUGCUUCACACCCAGAAGCAGGUUUGCUUGGACAAAAUGCGAUUCUCAUGUGUUCUGUUUCUCAUUGCCAUCUCCAUGGCGUUGGCAGUGAGUGUUCCCAUCAAGACCGUGGUAUUCCCCAGAGCAACACAUACUGAUUAUGUUGAGUUGACUCCUCUCAAACCUCUGAACUUGAGGGCGUUCACUCUGUGCAUGCGUGUUGGCACAGAGCUCCCUGUCAACCGUGAUAUCAUCCUCUUUGCCUAUCGGACACCAGACGUUGAUGAGCUGAAUUUGUGGCGUAAUAGUGACGGCAGUGUGGGCUUGUACCUGCGUACAUCAUCAUAUUCAGAGGCUGUUAACUUCCACGUCCCUCAGCUUGGUGCCCUUGAGACCCACCUGUGUGUCACCUGGGACUCCAGUACAGGUGCUACUGCCCUCUUCAUGAAUGGAAGGAAAAGCCUGACUAAAAUCUACAAGCAGGGUCACUCAGUGCAUUCUGGAGGCAAGGUUGUCCUCGGACAAGAUUUUGACAGUUAUGCGGGUGAUUUUGAUGCCAGACAGAGUUUUGUUGGUGAGAUGAGUGAUGUCAAUUUGUGGGACUCUGUCCUCUCAGACAGCACCAUCCAAGACUUGUCCUCUGGGAUGAGAGUGCCAAGAGGAAAUGUUUUGGACUGGGAAGCUGCAAAACUUAAAAUUCAUGGGGGGGCGAGGGUUAUUAAUCGUGAACUGUAG